CCCGGGCCUCGGAGUGGUAGAGGGCUGGGGAAGGCGGUGGACCGGAGCGCGGACAGCGCUAGGACCCCUGCCGCGUGCGCGUCCUCCUGUCGAUUCCGUGUAAAUGUCAAAAGUAUUCCCCGUGAAGCACAGGAAUCCCUGACUGUGGAAGUGCCUCACAAACACCAUUGACUAUAAAGCAAGGCAGAGUAUGAAAGAACCAUCUGGUUGAUCUUACAAUUGGAAGACCACCACAUCACCAGAAGACCCAGGAUGGAUCUCCACCAAAGCACCACCAUCACUUUCCUAGAGAAAUGGUGUUCAGAUAAGUCACCAUCUGGCUGCAGGAAACAUUAUAAUGUCAGGAAGAAACUGAAGUUAGUUCGAAUCUUAGGUCUUUUCAUGGGCCUGGUAGCCAUCAGCACUGUCCCAUUUUCAAUCAGUGCCUUUUCUGAGACAGAGACACAGAGUACAGGAGAGGCCAGAGGUGCAAAGGGCCCUAAGGUAGCACAUGGUUACCUUCAGAGAACUCUCUUAGAUUUAAAUGACAAGAUUCGGGAUUAUACUCCACAGCCACCUCCUUCUCAGGAAGACAAAGAUGAGAAUAGCACAGAUCAUGACCAAGGAAACUACCCAAGAGACAUCUUUUCCCUCGAGCAGCGAAGAAAAGGCGCCAUUGUUCUCCAUAUCAUUGGUAUGAUCUACAUGUUCAUAGCCUUAGCCAUUGUCUGCGAUGAGUUCUUUGUUCCUUCUCUGACUGUCAUCACUGAAAAACUGGGCAUCUCUGAUGAUGUUGCUGGAGCCACCUUUAUGGCUGCGGGCGGCUCAGCCCCAGAACUUUUCACAUCUCUCAUAGGGGUGUUUAUUGCCCAUAGCAAUGUGGGCAUAGGCACCAUUGUGGGCUCAGCAGUGUUCAAUAUCCUCUUUGUUAUCGGCAUGUGUGCUCUGUUUUCUAGAGAAAUCUUGAAUCUGACAUGGUGGCCACUCUUUCGGGAUGUGUCCUUCUACAUCAUUGACUUGAUCAUGCUGAUCAUAUUUUUCCUGGAUAAUGUCAUCAUGUGGUGGGAAAGCUUGCUUCUCUUAACAGCUUACUUUGCCUAUGUGGUUUUCAUGAAAUUCAACGUCCAAGUAGAAAGAUGGGUGAAGCAAAUGAUAAAUUGCAAUAAAGUCGUCAAGGUGACAGCACCAGAGGCCCAAGCAAAGUCAUCUACAACCAGGGACAAGGAUGAACCGACAGUGCCGACGAAGCCACGUCUCCAGCGAGGUGGAAGCUCUGCCUCCCUCCACAACAGUCUCAUGAGGAACAGCAUCUUCCAGCUCAUGAUACACACCCUUGACCCACUUGCUGAAGAACUUGGAUCAUAUGGAAAACUAAAAUAUUAUGACACAAUGACUGAAGAAGGGAGGUUCAGAGAAAAGGCUUCAAUCCUCCACAAGAUUGCCAAGAAGAAAUGCCAGGUGGAUGAGAACGAAAGGCAGAACGGGGCUGCCAAUCACGUGGAAAAAAUCGAGCUCCCGAACAGCACCAGCACAGAAGUUGAAAUGACGCCAUCCAGUGAAGCUUCGGAACCUGUACAAAAUGGAAAUCUCUCCCACAACAUUGAGGCCGCAGAAGCCCAGCAGCCCACAGAAACAGGUGAUGAUGAGGAAGACCAGCCUCUCAGCCUGGCCUGGCCUUCCAACCCCCGCAAGCAAGUCACCUUCCUCAUUGUUCUCCCCAUAGUGUUUCCCCUCUGGGUGACCUUACCUGAUGUCCGCAAACCUUCAGCAAGGAAGUUUUUUCCCAUCACGUUCUUUGGCGCCAUCACCUGGAUCGCAAUAUUCUCUUACUUAAUGGUUUGGUGGGCACACCAGGUUGGAGAGACAAUUGGCAUUAGUGAGGAGAUUAUGGGUCUGACCAUCUUGGCUGCUGGGACCUCCAUUCCUGAUCUCAUCACCAGUGUCAUAGUGGCCCGGAAGGGGCUUGGGGACAUGGCUGUAUCCAGCUCUGUUGGAAGCAAUAUUUUUGACAUCACCGUAGGGCUCCCACUGCCCUGGCUCCUGUACACCACCAUUCACAGGUUCCAGCCUGUGGCCGUCAGCAGCAACGGCCUCUUCUGCGCCAUUGUCCUCCUCUUCAUCAUGCUGCUCUUCGUCAUCCUCUCCAUCGCCCUCUGCAGAUGGCGGAUGAACAAAGUGCUGGGCUUCAUCAUGUUUGGCCUCUACUUCGUGUUCCUUGUGAUCAGCGUCCUCCUGGAAGAUAGAAUUCUUGUGUGCCCGGUCUCCAUCUAGCACAAAAAGCCAUAUCUUGAUGGUUCCUCCCCACUCUGGGCUCUAUACUCUUUGACAUCUGGAAGAGAGGCAGCUGGCACACAGCGCCAGGCAUGCAGUGUCCCUCCUUGGCAGACAUGAGGAGGGGUGGACUCCCAAUGGACAUGCUCACUUCACAUGCUACGUCCAUCUGGCCUAGUGACAUGGCUUCACGCAAGAGACAGGGGACUGUCCAUCUGAGGCUUCUCUCCACUCACCGUUGACAGGUACUCCUCGCUGGUCGGAGGUACAUUUGUUGUAAUGAUGCAAACGAUGACAGAGGCUGUGUAUAUACAUAUAAAAUAUACAUAAUAUAAAUAGAUGCACAUGAACAUGUCCUGCCUGUUCCUGUACUAUACCCCUCCUUCCACGUCUAUAGAGUAAUACAGACCUGUAUACAAAUACAAAGAAAGAAACAUUAUAUAUUUAAAAUUAUAUAUAUAUAUAUAAAUACGAAUGCAUCUUUUCAGGGAUAGCUCUAGUAUAUUUAUAAUACCUAUUUGAAGAAGGGCAUCAACCUUCUGCCUGAGCUUUACCCCUUAAGUGCAAGAGGUAAACUAAUGAAAUCAUUGCUGUGACCUUCAGCCUACCUUGGACUUACUGGGAUCCUGCUUGGUAAGGUGGAUGUUUUAGGGAAGGAAACAGGGUUCAGGAGAGAGGGCUGGGUGGAGAGGGGCUGUAGGGCCCUGAGCUGAGCCCUCCAAAACAUUUCCACACAGGGAAGACUCUCUGCCCAUCCCCACUGGAGUACACUCACCAAACCCCACAGGGUUACUUGGGGUAGACAGAGGUAAAACCCCGACUGGGUCAAUACUGGUCGGGGGCAAAGGGAAGUAACCAGGGUUGGGUUUAUUUGGGGUUUUUAUGAAUAUAUAUAUCGCCCCAGCAUGCAAGUAGAAACUAUUAUUGCAAACCAAAUUAGCACUCUUCUAGGACAGCGAGACUAUGUAAACUGAACCUAUAUUGUGCCAAUGCAUGUCUCAUUAUCAUCAAAAGAAGGGAGGCAAGAUUAGCUGUGAUUGUCAUUUAGAUGUAUUUCGAUGCUAAGGGCUCACAUAUGAUCAAUAUGCUGUCAAAAGAGCCUGGAUAUAUAACAAGAAAUUCCAUCUAGUAGAAGCGCUUAGUGAGACUUGCCACCCAAAGGGAAUGUAAGGGCAUAGUUCUUUAAAGCACCCUCCAGUGGGGUCAUAAAGGGCUGCAGUGUCUGAAGAAAUCAUUAUUCCUUAAAUAGAACUUAACUGACUCCAAUCAAUACUGCGUGGGCUGAGGCAGCCUAGAGAUGUUUGGAAAGGCAUUUGCACAACAGGAAGUUUUCUGAAUCCUAUGUCUAGUGAUGCCAAGACCAGGAUGUAGCUAAAGUUCAUGCAACAGCCAUAUCUCUCCUGCAAUCAGGACCCCAUCUGGGACUCUUUCUAGCUUACAAAGUACACUGGAAACUAUACUCAACAGCUUCUUUACGUUAGCUUCGAGCCAGUCACUCCAAGGUUUUGAUUUUCUGACUUUGUUCAGCCGUCAUCGGAUAUUUCCAUUCCAUUCAUUCAGUGCCCCCAAGUUCUGUUUGACUGACACCUUUAGAUUUCUUCGAUCUAUGUGAAUAGAAAAUAAAACCAGCAGGGGAGAAAAACAGGCAAACUAAAUUGAUGAAAAAUUCAUAGUCUUUUAUUUCCCCAAGUUAUACUUUCCCUAAAAUUAGUUGAAAAAGUAGAGGAUGGCUCAUUGUUUGGUGCUCGUCCUACAAAGUUGGCACACACCAUGUAUGAGGAGCUAUACUGUAUGCAUUCCUGUCUCUGGUAUGUUGUGUCACUGAUGCUUCUAUGACUGUUGUGAGCACAUACCUCCUAACAGGGCGAAAGGAUGCAGAACUCACAGCUGAAAAAAAGAGGAAGGGACACCUGACAGCCCCAGAUCAAGCUCAGUACUUGUUCCACAAAACCUCAACUCACCCCGCAGAGCAUGACAGUAAUAGUCAGUGCCCAUCACUGCUCUUCACCCACAAGCAAAAAAGCACUUUUAAGGGGAGGCCCACUGGGGAGGCAGGAAGUCAAAGUGGCACCACCAGGAGACUGGCUUGCAAGCAAGUCUCUCCAACUUUGCAAAGACUGGUUUUCAGUUGUGUGGGAGAAACCAGAGUCUCAUUCAGACAGGGCAAAUUUUGUAUUGAGGCAAGAAUGUGUGCCAGUUCCUUUGACUGAAAGAGAAUGAGUAAGUGAACUUUUAAUUAAAAACUCUGCUUGUUUUCCCUGUGCAUGACUUGAAGGGAAGCAGAGUUGGUUAUUACAUGAAUAUGUAUUACUGACUGGUUUGUUAUUUGAAAGAAGGUUUGAAGAGAUGACUUGGACUCCACUACAGACAGACUGUAUAAAACCAGAAAGGACAAGGGAGGUUGAGUGCAGCCCUAUUCUUCCUCCAGCACUUCCUGAUACGCCCCCUGCCUCCUCACUUCUUUGUAUUAAUUCCCAGAUCACAGCCAACACUCAUCCAAGCAGCCAUGGAGCCUAUUUCCUGGCCUGGGAGCCCCAUGCAUAGGGACUGCUGUGGUCAUUAAUGAAAAUCUGUACUUGAGAAAGCAAUACUUCAAGGCCCAGUUCCCAUGUCAAUGAUGCGCACUGAGCAUGACAUACGACUGCAGUGUCCCCCGCGGGCUGGUAUGCAGGCACCUUCUCCCGGCCACUGUGUGCCCUGCCUUUCCCCUCAUUAUGUGCCUGUGAGGUUCUGUGCUCGGCUAGGAUAAAUCUGGAGAGAAGUGCCUGGGACACAGCAGUAGAUCUUUAAAGGCAUUAAGAUCAUUAACAUAAGAAAAGAUUUUCCACAUCAUAGUUUCUUUCCUAAGCAGGUCACCUCUAAUGCCCUUUCUGCAUGCCUGUGUUUAUACAUAUAUAAAUAUAUAGCUUUAUACCAGAUCUACAUGUACAUACACAAAAUCACCUAAAUCAUCACCCUCUGACCCAAUCACAUUCAGGAUUCAGAAGCAGGAAGCAUCAAGUUUGCCACAGUGAAGGAAAAGGAGUUGUGCUCACCAACAACCAAAGGGGACAUUUCUCCCUGGCCUCAUAGGGUUUGUUCUGUGCAUAUGUGCUUACCAAGAUACAUAUGUACCCACCCCAUAUAUUUUCCCACCCCUUGAAUAUAGAUUUACAGCCUUACAGAAAUGGUCAGCCAUAGCCCUAAUGCUGGAGAGGCAAAAAAUACACAACAGAAAAGUAUAGGGAGAAAAAUUUGGACCGCAGAUACUCUCUUUACUUCCCUGGAGCAGGGUAUAAAAUAUUAUCAAAAAUUCAAGAGCCACCUUCUUACUGCUCACUCUAAAAUAAAUUAGCUGCACCCAAUUGGUUCCAUUUACCCACAGCAAACCAAGCAGGUCUUGCUUGCUGUCACCUUCCCUGCCACCCUGGGCAGCCUCAGAACAGGGGAAUGCCCAAACAGAACCUUCUCAGUUGCAUCCGGGAAUGCCCGUGCUGAGUCCAGCUGCCCUCUGAGCCUGCCUAGUUCCUGAAGAACUGGAGCUGCAGAUUAAAGGUGUUUAUGCAGCCUCCCAGGCUGUACAUAAGCCAAGCCAAGCAGGACAGAUCAGCAGAGCAUGGUACCUGUGCAGGGAAUAAGAGGCAGGGUUGUUUAUCAAUUUGGCAGAUGCAGAAGAAUAUCCUAAAGCCUUUUCAGAAGAUUAUAAAAGAGUCAGGGACUGUUUCAUAUUCAGAAAAAAAAUGCUUUGUAAGACUUCUAACAGGUGUCACCUGACAAGGGCCAUUAUUAUUUACUUUCUAGGGAAGACAUGAAUCAGGUGGUUUUGAGCCUUUUCAGCAAAACACAGCUGCCUCGCUGAUGAGACGUUUGAUAAUAUUAAUGUACAUCCAUUCCUGGGCAGCGAGAGAGUUGGCAAACUAUCGACCAUUGCUCACAGCUCUUAAAUUGUCUCUUCCGUAAUAGUGAGAUAGGAGAUGAGCUCUGUAGCGGAGCCCGCCUCCCACAGCACCUUAAGAGAAAGCUGACCACAGGAACGACAAGAGAUAGACCUGUUGGUCAGGCAGACAGUUGGAGGAGAUAGGACUUCUGUUGAGUGUUCUGCUGGAAUUACUGCCUUGGAAUAUCUGACAUGGGUCUGAUGACCUAUAUGAAUACAAGCAUUUCAAAAAACUUUAGUAUGCUUUAUUCCUUGCAUCUAUGAACACACACACACACACACACACACACACACACACACACACACACAAGAUUAUGAGGAUGCCAUACUUCCUUGCCCCUGGACUGCUUUUUACUCUAUGAAUUAAGUGGCCAUAUUAUAUGAGGCAUCUCUGUUCCAAAAAAAAAUAAAGGGAAAAUAUUCUCAGGGUGAUUUCCAGAGAAAUCAACUAUCUCCUGAAAGCUCAUUGAAGGAGCUAAUGCUCAUUCUUGCUAAGCCAGAUCUCCCAUUACCACCUCGCUUGAUAUUUUUAAGAGACACACUCUCAACUCUAAUAGCUGCCUCAGCAAUAUUGUCUUCAAUUAGGGCUUGUCAUUAAGAGAGAGUUCGUAGAGGGUGGGAGAAAGAAUAAGGAAAGGAAAGAAAGGAGAAAUUAAUUUACUUUUACUGGGGUUCCCAAGAAAGCAAGUGUCACAUUGAUAUAUAUCCCUAUGUAGUUUAAAAUAAUUACAAAAGUCAUGCUUUUUUUUUAACCAAUUAGAAGAGAGCCUAUAUAGAUCUAUGUCCCAGAUAAAAAAAUGUUUCCCUUUUCAAGAAGGCCUUGGGAAAGAUAGGUAAUAUGCCCCUGGUUCACUGUCUAUUUAGCUUUAGCUUCUUGCCUCUGGAUUGUUGUGUUUCUUUUUCAAUCUCAUAGCUUCACAUUAUUUGAAAUGUAUAGCAGACAAGAAAAGCAAUAAAGAGCACACUCAUAGCCAGCUAACCUUCAUUGUUUAGUAUUACAUCAUCACGGUAUUUCUUUCACUUUGCCAUGCGGCGAAUGGAGAAUUUGGACAUCUGUAGAAAUCAUAGGCAAACCCGUGUUUGCUAUGGAAGUAAUGCGUGCUUUCCACUGAGGCCACCCUUAAUCUGUGUGCUGUCAUUUUAUAUGCCUUCCUACACACAGAGGAUCAGCCUUGCUCAGAACCACCUGAAUUUCAGCAGCCUUUGACCUGACUAGCGACAAUUUUCUUUCAAAAGAGAGACAAAGAGCUAUGCAGCACAAACCAAUCCACAAGCCAGCCGGUUUUUUAGAGACAAAAAUGACCCUGUCAUUAUGACUGGAUAGACAACUAUGUUCAAAUGGGUGAGAGACUGUGCAGCAUCAAAUUAUCUGAGCUGAAGUACUUUCACUAAAUGAUUGAUGAACAGACUGGAGCCCUAUAAAUAAUUUUUUAAAAAACAGAUAAAUAUCUAAGUCUAAUGGAGGGUCAUGAGAUUUGCAUGGAACUUGCUAAAGGUUUGCUUCUGUUCAAAGAGUCUGUCCAAUGGAUAGCCCUAAUCUAAAGGAGAGCCCUUUUGUGGGAAAGGAGUCCUAGCAUAGCUGUCCCUGCUGAAGCCUAGCCCGUCGACUACCAACAUUAACAACCAUCAGUAUCAGAAAAGUCUCCUUCUAGGUGAAGCCAAGCCCUUCACAUUGAUGACUUAGCCUAUUUUUUUCUCUUUGGCAGAAAAGAAGUGCAUCUGGGCACUCUUUUCUAUUUACCCUGACAUAGUUAGGAGUUACCACUUUGUGACUCCUUAUUUUCAGCAAAAGUAUCUUUAGACGUUUACUUCUGUGUCAUUUUUCCUGACCUUCUUAAUAAUUUUUACAGAUGUCUACUAAGCCUUUUUAAAUGCUUAUGUUGUGCCUUGGCUGGUGUGGCUCAGUGGAUUGCACGCUGGCCUGUGAACUGAAAGGUUUCCAGUUUGAUUCCCAGUCAGGGCACAUGCCUGGGUGGCAGGCCAGGUCCCCUGUUGGGGGUGUGCAAUCGAUGUUUCUCUCCCUCUCCUUCUCCCUCACCUCCUCUCUUUCUAAAAAUAAAUAAAUAAUUUUUUAAAAGAAAAAUACUUUAUGUUGCUCUUAAAUUAUGGAACCCUAUGGCUAAUCAUGACACAAGUAUAACAUCCUGAACACAGAUGAACUAAAGCCUCAAACCUAACACUUUGCUCCCUUUUUGUGGUCCCCUCUGUAGCUCUUACCUUUUAGGGAGUCAUACUUCAUUGCUAAUUCAUGCUAAUCUCAUGCUCCCUAUGACUCUUUAUCAUUCUUCUAACACAUCUGGAUGAAGCCAGUACAUUUCUCAGUUUGCCCCAAUGCCAUUUGAAUGGGUGUCUUACCAACUAUAAGCCGCUUGGCCUUAUAAAAUCUCAGCCUGCUUAUUUCUAACGCCAUGUCCAGUUUUCAAGUUCAGGAUGGACCCAGUGCUUACUCCCCUUCAAGGUUGUCACCACCAACAUCCCCUGUUUACUUGCACUUCGCCAGUUUAAUGAACAUUUCUCCGUCUCAUGAAUGUGAAUAUUUAAAAACGCUAGACUACUGCCCCAGGCAUCUUAUGUUUUGUACAAUUGACUGCUUCUUGGGGGUGGGAGCAUCCUUCCUAACUGCUAAUAAACUGAACAGAAUUCACAGUCACAAGACAGCAGAGUAGCAGAAAUACCCUAAGUACACCAACAGGCAUUUAUCCUCGGGUGAAAAGUAUGAACACUAAGUGCAGCAUUAUCAUAAGUGGUGAGCUGGAGAGAUCAAGCUCACAAAGAACUCAGAAAGGGGGAGGCACCCCUGGAGAUCAUUCAGAAACUCUGGACCUGCACUCACCUGCCUUGAUUUACCAAAGGGAAUUUGUAUUUUUCUUUAAAUAGGAAACAGGGGAAAUGGUUGGACGUCCUCUUAUCACCCAAUAUUGCAGUGUGUUUACUUCCUUGUGUGACAGGCUGGAUGGAAAUUGAAACUUUGUGGGUUGAUGUCCUGGCCCAGGCAAGUGGGCUAUAGCUCACCAAAAGGGUGGGAAUUUGCUCCUGCAUUCUCUCACACUGCAUUGCAUAUUCCUUUAUUAAGGAACCUGUCUGUAAGUUACUAAGGCCUUGGGACUGACAGUGUUCUAAAACACUCAACUAAUCAAAAGAGAAUAUUUUUAAAAUCAUGUCACACAUACAAAAAGAAUGAAUGAAGUCUGAAUCCCUGAAUCAAGUUGCUUUAAGGAUGAAAUUAUAUGCGUGAAUUAAGAAUAGAUAAUUCCUUGCCAUUUAAUUAAACAAGUUUUCAAUUCUUCUCAUCAGGAUAAAACCGAAGGACAAUGGAUGCCUUUUGGGUUUUUUAAUUUUAAUAUUGCACUUUAUAGUACUUCAUAACAGACAAUUGUCUUAAUUAAAGCCAUAAAAUACCAAUAAUGCAUAUAUUCAGGGCUUCUGAAUAUAGUCAGUUAAUAAGUAGUCCAUGAGUCAUUCCUGUUUUGUAUUGUUUGUUGUAAAAUUGGAGUUUAUCUCUUCUAUUUUUUAUUGCAUUAAAUUAUUGUCCUAGACAAUCCUAAUCUACAUAAAUUUUAGAUGUGUACUUUAACAGAACUCUGAAAAUCAAAGAAAUUAUUUAUUUCACAGAAGCAUUCUUCAUUUUCAAAAUAGCUUGUUACACAGAUCUUUUAAAUAGCAAGUUCUCAUACUAUAUUGAAAAUCUUCCUUUUUUAAAAUUAUAGAUGUACUACUUUUCAGGAACCCAUUCGUUAUGUAAAGUAAGGUCUACCCACAUGGAGAGUGAAAUGGGUAAUUAGCAAAUAUAUACCUGAGAAAUUUAAGGCUUGUUUCAGUUUUUAUAUAAAUAUGGGAUGGGUCUAAGAAGUUCCCUUAUAAAAAUGGCAAAGAGAGACCACAAUUUAUCAAUGUUUUAUGCCUAAACUUUCCAUGCGAGAGCAUAUAAAACUGCAGACUUCAUAAUGCAUUGGGGUUUUUUCCCUUUCUGCUAAAAUACACGAUUUCUGAGCUAGUAUGAUAGAUUUACAAGUAAACAUAGAGGUACCCGCAACUGAAAACUCUGGUGUCUCACUUUAUCACAACUGUUCACUUAAUUUGAGUGAAAGUUAAAAGAAUGACUAAAAUCCAGUUAAUAGCCUAGAAAUAUUUACUGCCACUAGGUAACUAUAUUACUGGUAUAGAAUAAAUAUAUAUAUUAAAUUGGAUGACCCCAUCGGUUUUCUGCAUAAAUGGCCAUUUGCCCUAAAGAAAGAGGCCUGCACCCAGAGCCAGUGAUCUUCUUGUUUGGGCUGUUUUAUGGCCUGAAGAGUUUCUCCACAGGGUGGAGGCUCUCCCUCCAAAAGUGGGAGCCUCUGUUGGCAUGUUGCCCUAUCGAACCCUGUGUACAGGUCUAUACUUCUGCCCUGCAGCUAACCUGGGUGUUUCUAGCUUGAAUUUGAAAAACUCCAGAAGCAACAGCUUCCAACUCCAAGCGAUCUGCAUCCUCAAAGAGCCAUUGAAAAUAAAAGCAAAAGCUGCCUUCCUGGUAUCCUAAAGUUGCUGCUAGCACUAAAAAAAAGAUAAAUUAUACUUUUUUUUCUUUGCACGUUUUUAAAACAGACAUGUCAACAUUGACCCCAACAUAGACAUUUUCCCUAGAACACAUCAACUGUUUUUUGGACAAGUUACAUUAAAAAUAUCAGAAUGCCAUUUUUGUAAAGGAUCUUUUUAGGGAUAGAUGUCAUCUUAUGCUUCCCUAGUUUGUCUCCAUUUUCAUGAAGAUUUGAGCCCCUAUCUUUAUCCCUACAAGAAUCCAGCUGAUGCAAUCCCAAAUUAUUUUUGUCAUUUUAUGUGUGUUUUGUUUAUUAUGAGCAGUUUUCACUGGACAACAAGAUGUAUGGAAAGUUUGCAUCAGUUUAUUCUCUGUGAAUAUGUCUGUACAUAGACUGAAUGCUAUAUUUAUUUGUACAAAGGCUGUUUGGAAUAACGUGUUUCUGUCACAUGGACUUCACUCUGAUAAAGGGAGUUUAUUGUGUUCAUGUUACAAUUUCCACAGCUUUGUGCUUCUACUACUGGUAAUCAACUCAUAGAAUAUCACUUUAUGUAACUAAGUCUCC